UACGGAGCGAAGGGAAAUCUGGGAAAGGAAGACGGGCAGGCUAAAAUUUCGCAGACUUUACAUUCUUAGCAAACUCCUGGACAAGUCGAUCAAAAUUUAGGUUCUUGCUUAUUUGAAGCAAUGGCUUCUUGUGGAGGUCAACAAAGCAAAGACGACAUGCCAGCAGGAGAAAAUGCGAAUUCAGGAUUGCGGCAGCCAAAGGAAGAGACAAUAUCUCGUCUGCUAAAUAACCGUGGGGGAGGUCAGACGAAGGCCUCCAACUUGUCUGCAAGUGCUCCUGAAUUUGUUCCCAGAUUUGGUGGAUCAUCAGGCCGAUCUGGCUAUAAGCCCCCCACACUGUCCGCUUCCGCCCCUGUGUUUGUGCCCAGACAGCAGAUGGGUGCUGACGUGUACUCACAGCCUCAGCAGAUUGACUAUGAUCCCGUCCUGGAGGAGUUCAAACAGGUGUUGAGGAUACUGAACACCAGUCCUGGCAACGUGGAGGAGUACAUGCGACCUUUGUGUGAGAAGUUCAAACAUGGGGUCACCACUGCUGAACAUCUUACAGAGAUCAUUGACGUUUUAUUUCUCCAGAGUGUUGCAGAGUCAAAUUUUCGAUACACAGGGGCCAGAAUAUGCCAGCAGAUAUGCAGCAGACUCAAAGAUCAUUCUUUGUUUGCUUCAUUCAGAAAUGCCUUUUUGAAAAGAUGUCAGAAACAGUAUGAGAAACGAGAGCAACUGGUCACAAUACCAGACAAAGUUGAGGAACUCACUGGUUUCACAUUAUUUAUGGGGGAAUUGUUCCUUAACUUGGAGGUUCCUUCAGCAGAUGGAAGAGCAACGAAGAUGAAAAUCCUUCCAAAUAUUCUGAAAGAUCUGGUUCUCACAUUGUUAUCUCAGCCUGGCAAAGAGACGGUCAAGUGUUCCUGUCAAUUGCUCAAGCUUGUCGGUGCAAACAUGGAGGACAUGAUGGAACCAGCAGAUAAUUUCGAUGAAGUAUUUUCUCAAUUAAAACUCGUUAUGCAAUCGAGGUCGCUAGAAGAGAACUCCAAGUUCUUAAUCAAAUCCGUAUUGAACCUAAGGACGUCCAAUUGGGGGCGGCCUGAUUCCACCUCCUCAUCACAGGGUGGUGACUCAGAAUUCAAUGGGUCCUUGUCUCAUGAACUUCUACAGAAUGAGCCAGUGUUUUACAACGCCAGUGGUCAGACCAUCACUCGAGAGGAGGCAGGGUUCUACAAUGAGGAGGUGGAAGAUGGAGAGUAUAUUCUCAAUGAAGAUGAGGAGCAAGCCUUCCUGGAGUGGCAGGCUGAAGCCAACAACGAGGGAUUUCACAAUGAUGCUUACAGUAGUUGGUCGAACAAUGAGGACCAGACAUACUAUGGAUAUUAUCCUAAUGAUGAUGAGAUGGAUGAUGAAACAGAAGCAGCUUAUGAAGAGUUCCUGAAGCAAUCACAGAGGCAGGGUGGUUACCACUGACAUCCACACACGCCAGCCACACCUUCCUCUCAUGUAUGUUAGCCUACUUAUAGUCACUGCUUGUUACGGAUACCGGCAGACGGAGGCCAUCUCAUGCUGCACAUGGUUUAUGUGGUCUGAAACAUUCAGCUUGGGAUAUGGGAUAUUACAGUCAAAUGGUCAUAUUAAAAUCAUGAAGUAUGUUAUUGAAAAAUCAAAAAAGAGUUAGAUGAAAUAUUUAUUAUAUAAUGAUGUAUCUGUUAACAAAUUGCAGAUUUUGAUCAAUGGUAUUGAUACAUUAUGAGCAUUCAAGCUCAACUGAAUGGUGGUUAGGAUUAUUUAACAAAGAUGGGUAUUCCAUGACUAAGAUUGUAUUGUUGUCCAGGUAAUCAAACCAUGUGCACAGUGCAGCAACCUUGAUAAGAAAAGUGUCCUGGAAAUGAAGAAAAUGUGUGAAAAGGUGAAACAUUGAUGUUAUUCAAUUAUUGUGAAUGUUUGUCCGAAAAUAUCAUCUAAUGCCUUUCACGGUACAAAAAACUGCCAGUAACAGAAGAAAAUCAUGUCAUUGUAUACAUUACCUCAUCACCCUCAUCUUGAUGGUUUACUAUUCAUGCCAACUUGUUAAUGAACUGAAAUGAUGGACUUGAAGGGAAUUUAGCAUUUACAUCAUUUUUGUCUUCCCUUGCUAUACUUAAAACAUAAUUUGAGUACAAGACUGAAUGCCUUAUGCGAUUGAAGAUCCAAAUUUAUCAAAUACAGGUCUUUCAGCAUACAAUAUGUGAUAAGAUUUUGUACUGUAAUGUGGAAAGUGUGUCAUUCUAAAACUCUCGAUACCAUCAUGAUUAUACUUCCAACAUUUGAUUAUGUAUGUAUAUGUGAAAUAUAAAAAAGAUUGAUUUUGUCUUUGUCCAACCAUGUUUCUGUGUUUUGGGGAAUUAGAUUUUAAAACCUUCAAAGGAAAUGCAUUAUUCCUACUUUUAAUCUAUUUCUUGUUCUGAACCCUUACAUAUGCUAUAUUUUACAUUGCUAUUACCAGUAACUGUUGUCUUUUGAAUUUUAGGCAACUGCAAAUAUAUUGAUGACAAUGUGCUAAGAGGUUAGAAGUGUUUAUCAUGGCUGUCACUUUUGUGUAAUUUUCAUGAGCAAAAGAAGGAACCAGUGUAAAACUCAUAUAUAAUAAUUAAAUAUAUUUUAAUUUUUCCACUCUCAGUUUCAACACUGAGCCAUCCAUCAUUCCAUGUGUUGCCUAGCUGUGUUGUUUCCUUUCUUGCUGCAUGCUUCAACUGGGAUUCUAGUUGACAACGUUACAUUGCCUUAAAGGCCACCAUAUGAUUUGAAGUGUACAUAAUUGUAUUCCAUGUUUAGUAACUCAAUUGUUUCACCUAAGCAUGUACCAUUACCACCAAUUUCAGAAUCAUUCACCAAAACAUUAUAUACAUUCUUUUCAAGUCUCUUGUUUUCUAAGCUGUUAAGGCAUAUUUAUCAAAUUCCAUAAUCCAUCCAGGUUUGUUUUGAUGAUCACAAUACACAUGUGACAGUUCUAAAUUUUAAUCAACUUCUUUAGGCAAGAUGACAAUCUUUCACAGGAAAUAUGCCUUGGGGCAUUGUUCCAAUCUGUGUGUAGUUCAUGCCAACACAAGCAGCACCAGGUAGCUUGCCUAUAAAGUUUAUUUUCCUUUCUGUGUGAAUUUGUAAACUGAUCACAGACAUGCCCACAUUUUGUCAAGGUAAAGUUAUUGAUGCUUGCACAAUGAUCUGAAAAUAUAUUUUAUUUUCAGAUUCAGAUAUUAAAUUAUGAAUUCAAAAUUCUUGUAUUAGUUUUAGAACAAUGUGUUAUGUUGUGUGCUUUAUGGAUGAUGAUCAUCAAAUUUGAUAAUUAUUAUUUGAAUUUAAUAUAUGCAUGGCAAUACUUAAGUUUGAUUUCAGAAUAUGGUGAAGGAUUUGACAUUGACUGUUAUUUAUGAGCUGUAAAGUGCUUGAUCUUGACAUUUUGAUGAAGACAAGUGGCCUAUGCUAAAUCUGGAAACUGCAAUUGAACAUUUGUACAUAGUCUGAGUUGAUUAUUUUGACAGACAUUUUAAAUCUGUAAAAAAAAUCUUAUAAUGCCUUGUAAAUUAUUCAAAAAGUUUUUAGACUUAUGUAAAUUUGUAUCUCGUGUAUCACUCCAUAAAUACAUUAGAAAUUGCUUCAUUAUUAUUUUAACUGUAAAAAAAAUAAAUCUUUUGUGCCUUUCUAUUUUAUGCUAGGAGUAAUUUCUCUUUUCACACAUCUAAUUAUAUACAUUUGUUUUGUUUUGUUAUUUAUUAGGAAACCAAAAUGACUUUCCAACUAGACAUUGAUACACCAUUUCACUGAAUCUGUUCAUGACUUAAGCUGUAAACCCAUCUCUUAUAAGAAACACACCAUUAAGUUCCAUCCCUUUUGUACAAAACUAGUCCUGUCACCUGUUCCAUUUUAUUUGUUUCAACUUGCAACAAACAGCAGACAUAACAUGGUUAACUGCUUAAAGUAAAUUGUAUAUUUGCUCUUUUUUGUAUGGAAAAACAUGGUGUAUAGUUUAUGCACAAAUGAUUCAAUGAUAUGUUUUUAUUUCAGAGAGAGCUUAUCACUGAUUAUGUUGACAUUGAGAUACCGACCUGUUUUGUAGCAGUGCUGUAGGCUUACCUCGCCAGCAUUAUUACUUCACAGGUUACCUGGUCCUCAAAUGUGACGCAAUUCCCUGUUCAGAGUUGCGUCCCUUUGGCAUGCCAGAAACCUAUGAUCAUAAUCCCUGGUUCAAGCCGAUUAUGUUUUAGGUUUGUCAGCAUCAUACCUGUGCUUGUGAGUUUCCCCAAAGUGGUAAACGUCCAAGACCUGCAUCCCUUCAGGCUUUUCUCCCACCUCAAACUGAUACACCAUGAUAGAACUGAAAUAGUGUUCAAAAUGGGACAAUAAAAUCCAACAACUCACUCACUUACUUUUUACGUCACUUCCAAUAGUCUUCUAUAAUCAUCAGGGAAGACAAACUAAAUCAAUUUAAGAUAUCUGAAUCAAUUUAAAAAUAGGACUAAGGAAUUUAUAUUGUUCAGGAUCUAUGUCUUGAGUUUUAUCAUUUUCCGGUUUAUCUGAAGGGAGUAUUGAUAAUUUUUUUUACUUGGUUUAUCAGCAGGUUAUAAAGUGACUUGUUUGGAUUGACUUGCACACUUGAAAUCUACAUCAAAGUUAUGAAGGAAAUUGACAGUCAUUGUUAAUUCCGCCUGUUUGAUAUGAGUUGAGGGUUAUUAAUUAUGUACUGAUUAAGAUUGCUCCUUACUGUUUAAGCCAUGCUUUGUUUCUCUUCUCUUACAUUGACUUGUUUUUCUUCCACUUGAGUGAUUUUGAUGUGUAAACAUUCAAACCCAUGUACUGGUUUAAGUUUCUGUGUAAGAAACUGCACUGGUCAUCAACUUCAAGUUUCAUCAUAUUACACUGUGUUGUCAAUCUCAGGCCCACAUUUCCUACCCCAUACAGAUAUCAGUGACUUCCAUCACUAUGAACACUAGUCCAAGUUCAGUGACAUAGGGCAUUAUGAGUGACUUCCACUGACUCGGGGAUAUAUUCUGGUGUAAAUUAGGUCAGAUACAGGUGCCCCACCAACACAGCAGAUGACCAGUUACCAUGUCUGUAAUGGAACCCCCAGGUUCUUCCCAGAAAUAGAACUUCAUGUGUUUUAUGCUUUUCAUCGAUUAUUGUUGAUUUUAAACUUUUCAGCCAGUCAUUGAGUUCAUUAAACUUUCACUUCUCAUAAA